AUGCGUUAUCCUAUGAAUCAUUUGGGUACCAAGCUUGUAACAACGGAUGUCCCUCUUUUGAAAAGUGAAGGACAAGUUAAAGGGAGCGGUGCUUCAUUUGGCAAAAUCGCUUUCUCGCCAGAUGGCAAGCUUGUAGCUAUUGGUGACGCUAGUGGCCGCUUGACAAUUAGACGCACUUGGACUACGUGGGGACUCCUUAGGACGUAUGAGCUCGGGUCCAAAAUUCGGGACAUAUGUUGGCACCCCGUCCAGUCAGACACCUUGCUUAUCGGCUGUGGGUCGGGGAAUUUUUAUUGCCUAACAAUGGAAGAAGAGGGUGAGAAAGUCAUUCGUCGGGAAGUCCCCGGCUUUAUACACGCCAUUGCUCUCAACGACGACGGGAAUCAGUUGGCAAUUGGCUACAGCGAUAAUACUUGCGUCUCAGUUGUUUUGCUUGACGACCCUUGCUCAGAUAUACAAAAACCUCUCAUACCGCUCAAGACCUUGAAGAGACCCAACCCUGAGAACAUUCCUCAUAGAAUAUUUUACCUCUCCAAUGGCACAGUUCUCAUUGCGUAUUUCGGUACUUUAGGUUUUUUUGCAUAUCGGGGGUUCCAUCCUUACGACAAGCUGUUUGAAAUUGAAGCAAAAAACUGGAUUGGAGGUGUCGCUCUCUCUCCGUCGAAGCUAACUCUUGCAGUUACAAAUUUGACGGAUGGUAUCGACUACUACUCUAUUACCCAGCAGCGCUACGCACACUCGAUAGGAUAUGAUGCCACAAAGGGCAGCACAACCAUUCGUUACACUGAGAUCGUGUUCUUAGACAACAUGACCGUGGCGGCUGCUCACGUGUCAGGAAGUCUCGUCGUUGCAAGCUGGGACCCUAAUUUGAAACCUUCUAUCAAUGUUCUUCGCAAGAACGAUGGGACUCUCGGCCUAUCACAAGUACUGGCAUACAAGCUCAUCGAUGAGCGGCCGACAAUUCUAUUUGGUAAUGGCGAGGAGGCGCAGACAGACAUCAUGAUCGCCACCUUCAAAUUACCAGCAUAUACAGCUGAGCGGGAGAAUGAAGUUGUCAUGGCGGCUCACGUCGCUCACAAUCAACCAACCAUUGAGAUCUUACAACGAGGACAGCAGCAUACGGCCAAUCCCGAGCUACUCCGAGAUGAGUCUCAUGUUGAGUGGAUGGCGGAGCCCAUGGCCAAACCAGCAGGCCUGGAAGAAGGCAAUCAGCCACAAAUAGCGAUAUAUGACCAGCCACCUACCAGUAUCGUCACCAGCUCAACCGCAACCACCGACAACGAAGUGCUGACGAGUGCGGUCUCCAGCACUGUCAAUCCGCCACCAACCAGUGCCGUUAGCAGAACCAUCCCAAUUGCAAGUACCGCCAGCCAGCUCCCAGUCACCGCUACUGUUGGGAAACCACCAAUGAGCGCCGUCACUGGUACUAUCAACCAGCCACCAGCAGCCACUGUCACCGACAUUGUCCCAGCCGUCACCAGUACUACCUACCAGCCGUCAGCAGCCACGACUAUCAUCACCGCCGUCGACCAGCCACCAACAACUGCCAUCACUAGUGCCGUCAGUCAGCCACUUACUGAUACGGCCGCUCAGCCAUAUAUGACCGUCGACCAGCCACUGCCUACGACCAAAGACAAGCCACCGUCUACAACACCACCAUCUACCACGGUUGACCAGCCACCACCUGCCAUUGUCAACCAGGUGCAAGCUCAAGCACAGGAUCAACCAAAGCCGUCCACAAAUUAUGAGAGGUCAAAGCUGCAGCGAUACCGAAAACUCCUCUUUUCUUGUUCUCUCACAGCACUUCUGGCGACAGCUGCUCGGUACAUUCCACUCCCUACUUCUAUCUACCAAUAUCAGAUAGUCUCUCCGUUGGGCUUUGCAAAGUCAUCUGUGGCAGCGACGGUGGCAUUAUCCCCCAUGGGAAGCUUGGAGGAAAUCGCUCAAAGCUUACCACCACAAGUGCCGUCGGCAGAGGGGAUGGAGUUGUUUCCGACCAUCAUUUUGACAACUUUGUCUCCACAGACCUGGCCAUCGACCCAGAACCCCACAGUAACACAAACAAUCACUUGUAUGAUCACAGAAACCGUGACCUCAAACAUGGGGAUGACAAUCACUGUGACCACUACGGAGCAGGUGACGGUAAUUGCUACAGAGCGACCAAUGGGGGUUGCUCAGAAUACAGAGGUGGUCGCUAAAACCUCUACGGCAUGGGGAAGCAUCUUCUCUGUUUUAGCAGUUACUCUGGUCGUUCUGGCUCUUAUUCCCUUCCUUUCGCAACCAGUUCGCAAGAGAGCAUUUGGGGCGCUUUCGAGACGCCUACCCCAAGGCCUGUUACAGCACUACUUUGAACGAGACGUUCCACACGGACAAAGUUCACAGGUUAACGUUAUUGCAACGGAAAUGUCGGAAACAUCGUAA